GCAUAAGUAAAUCAAAAUUCUGUGAGAAACUCUGCUGGAGGCUCAAAGCAGGUGUGAAAACUUAAACCAUGCUUAAGGCAGUGUUUGUGCUCGGAUGCCUGCUGGGUCUUGUCCUGGCUAUUCCUUUGGACUCGGCCGCCAAACGACUGGAGCGGUCAGCCUCUUCCUCUGAGUCAGAUGAGAGGGGAAUGGUCGCUCCUCCACGUAUGAGGUUGCCCAAUCUAACUCCCCAGCAAUGGUACGACAUCAUCAUGCUCUUCCAACGACCUACCCCUGCACCAACUACCACAACUGCUACUACAACCCCAACUACAACAUCUGCAACUACAACAACUACAACAAAAACCCCUGCUACACCUGUCACGAAAUAAUAUCCCCAAUUCAGCAAGACAUCAAUAAGCAGCAGUGAAUUAUGUUCAAUUCUGACACAGUACAGUUUUGUUCUUACUAAGGGCAUACAGGUGUUUUGUUUGUUUAAGUAAAAAAUGUAAAUGUAAAUGUAACCAGUCUUUCACUUCAAUACACUUGAGCUACUUCAAGUGCUAAAUAAACUUUAUAAAUUCA